AUGUCCGACGAAAAGGUCGCGACCGUUGCCCCAAUGGCUUCCAAUGACGCAGACCCCAGCAAGACUCAUCCUGAUGUUAUCGAUCAUGCGCGCGCUGCUGCCGACAAGGAGCAGAAGAUGACCCUCAUGCAGGGCAUCAAGCUGUAUCCCAAGGCUGUCGGUUGGAGUGUCUUGAUCUCGACUUGUAUUGUCAUGGAAGGUUUCGACAUUGUCUUGGUCAACAACUUUUACGCCUUUCCUCAGUGGAAUAGGAAAUACGGAACGCUUCAGCCCGAUGGAACAUAUCAAGUGUCAGCAGCAUGGCAAGCUGGUCUGAGUAACGGUGCCAACGUCGGUUCCAUCAUCGGUCUCUUCCUCAACGGCUGGCUCUCCGAACGUUUCGGCUACCGCUAUACAAUCAUCGGCUGUCUCAUCUGGCUCUCCGCCUGCAUCACCCUCUUUUUCACCGCCCAAAACGUCCAAAUGCUCCUCGCUGCCGAAAUCCUCUGUGGUCUUCCCUGGGGUAUCUUCCAGACCAUUUGCGUCACCUACGCCUCCGAAGUUUGCCCCAUCGCCCUCCGAGGUUAUCUCACAACAUACGUCAACUUCUGCUGGGGUCUCGGUCAAGAAAUCGGCAUCGGAAUAUUGCGAUCCAUGAUUGGACGUACAGAUCAGUGGGCCUACAGAAUUCCCUACGGUCUGCAGUGGAUUUGGCCUUUGCCCUUGAUUGUGGGACUUUGGCUUGCGCCUGAGAGUCCUUGGUGGCUUGUUCGCAAGGGACGUGUUGCUGAUGCGAAGAAGAGUCUUCUUAGACUCACGAGUUUGAACCGCGAGACAGAGUUCGAUGCGGAUGAGACUGUGGCUAUGAUGGUGCACACAACUGCCCUUGAAGAGAAGCUCACGAGCGGAAGUUCCUAUAUCGAUUGCUUCAAGGGUGUUAACCGUCGCCGAACAGAAAUCGUCUGUAUGGUUUGGGCGAUGCAGAACCUGAGCGGAAACUCCUUUUCUAACUACUCGACCUACUUCCUCGAACAGGCCGGUCUUUCCACCGAGCACGCUUACUCCUUUGCUCUCGGACAAUACGCUAUCAACAUGAUUGGUGUGUUCGGUGCUUGGGCACUGAUGUCGCAGGGCAUUGGACGUCGCACUCUAUACCUGUACGGAUUGUGCGGUCUUUGCACUGUUUUGUGUAUCCUUGGCUUCUUGGGUCUUGUGCCUGAGGCGGAUCGGGAGAAGGGUGCUCUUGCUACCGGAAGUCUUAUGAUUGGGUGGGCUGUGGUGUAUCAGCUUACUGUUGGAUCGGUUGCGUACUCGCUUGUCAGUGAGCUUCCUUCCCGACGACUUCAGAUCAAGACCGUUGCUCUUGGUCGUAUCUUCUAUGGUAUCGUCGGUAUCAUCAACGCCGUGUUGACUCCAUACAUGCUCAACCCAACUGCCUGGGAUUGGAGCAAUUACACCGGUUUCUUCUGGGGUGGUAUCUGCUUCCUCUGCAUCAUCUACACUUACUUUCGCCUCCCCGAGCCCAACGGUCGAACCUUUGCCGAACUCGGUGUCCUGUUCGAGAAGGGUGUCAGCGCUCGCAAGUUCGCUACCACAAAGGUCGAUGUCUUCCACGAGUCCGUCGACCAGCAUAUCCUCGAUGAGCUUAACAAGGCUGAUCAUGCUACUGUCGAGACUGUAGAGAAGGCUCCUGGUGGCAAGUAA